AUGAGCGAGAGGCGGAAAGACAAUUUGAUAUUACGCCUCAUUGCUCUUUUGUUAUUAGCUGUAUUUGUUAAUUGUAAGUUUUUUUCAAAAUUUUUAUAUUAUUCUGGUACAAAUAAAAGUGGUGUUGUGGAGAGAGACUCUGGUGGGCCACAGCCACAGCCACAGCCGGACUACCGUAAUUUUCAAAAAACAAUUUUUUUUUUCUCAUUUUUCGUCCGUGAUAUUCAAUCUCGUUUCUCAUGUUAUAAUCAUUAUCUCGCUGGUAUUCACUCAAGUUCUGUUCUUCCAAUUGCUGGACACCAUUCAUCAAUUCCAUCAAAUGUCCAAUGUAUAUUUGAAAAUGACGUUGCAUUCACAGAAGUGCAUUCUGCACUGCAAAAUUCUCACCAUGUUCUAACAAAGAAAUCGGUCAACUUUCAAGUACCAGAUUUGUAUCAUCUCCGAGAAAUUGUGAGGCGAUCUCAAUGCACUCAAACUCUGACUGUUAACUGGAAGAAUACUCCAGAAACAGGAAGAGGUGGCAUUAAAGUGGUUUCUCUGCUCAAUGAAACAACUAAAAUUGAGUACAGUGGAGAGGACCAUCAGGAUUUCCUGUUUGACGAUUCUUUUGCCGGUGUUCGUCAUUUGAUUCCAGACGAAGAUGAUUAUGAAUUUAAUCCAACUGUCACCACGACACGACUUAUUUGCAAGCAUUACACACAACCGGAAUGUCUUGUUCGAGGGAAAUUUGAGGUUGAUUUGGAGGCAAAUCUCGAAUGGAGCUAUGCAUUUGCAUUCAAAACUGAUACGACUAAUCAAACACUUUUCUCACUUCGAUGCGGAGAUAUGUCAUCAGAAGUUCGUCUGGAAAAUGAUUUCUUCAUUCGAGAAGAUGGAAGUGCACCAGUCGCAGUUGGUCAUUUGUCAGAUGCCACGUGGCACACUGCAAUUGUCAAACAUAGUGAACCAGAUAGUCACUAUCUGAAAAUUGAUGAUUUCCCAGAGAUCGAGUUACCAAAGGCCAUCAAUGAUGAUACUGACAAAACGAUUACACUGACCAUUGCUGUGAAUGGUAAUAUUCAAUUGAUAGAUCCAACUGACACCAAUGAUGACUGCAUGUACAGUUUCGACAAACCACAGAAAAGAUUACAGGAAACUGUGAAUACUCGGACAAUGUGUGUCGGAUGUGGAUGCUCAAAGUUGAGUGGAACGUUCGAUGGACUCAGUAAAUGUGAUGAAGACGAAGAAGGAUCGUACAGUUUGAGAAGAGAUUUGGAUAGACUGUCUUUCUUUCAUUUCGAAGAUUCUUUCGAUGUGGAUUCUAGUGGUUCCGCAAUUCCUGCCAUUUCCACGAGCUUCAAAUCAGACUCAGAUGUUGGUUUGAUUUUCUUCGGUUACUGGCAAAAUUUCAAUGGAAAGGGACGCCUUCAAGUCUAUUAUCAUUAUGAUUUGAUAUCUGCAGUUUAUUGUAAACACGCAGAAGAUGAAGAAUGUUCUGGAUGUUCGAUUAGAAAUGCUCGCGGAUUCGGAAGAGAUGAAUGGAUUCAAACGAUACUUUGGGGUGGCGGAGAUGAAAUUCAUUUGGCUACUGAUUCUUCAAUUUGUCGCCUCCAACAAUCUCCAAAUAUCAGUUUGGCAGAGGUCUACGCGAUUCCACAGAUAUCUCAAGGCGCAGGAUUAUUCAUCGGCGGAAUAUGGCACGAGAAGAAACGGCGUGGAUUGUACAAAGCAGAAGCCGAACAGAAAUAUUUUGAGAAUACUAGAGAAAAGGCGCCAGUGCUCAGAGGAUGUGUCAAGGAUGUUUUCAUUCGAGGAGCCAAAAUGGAUCUCACUACGAGUUUCGAUGCUCAGAAACACGCAAUGCUGAUCGAGGAAUAUGAUUCAAAUGCAUUUGCGGUUAAAAGGGAUUGCCAAAAAUGUAAUCCCACAUGUUCAGAGAAGACGAGAUGUCGUUCACAAGGUCCGCUUCAGUCCUCUCCAAUGAUCUGUGACUGUGCUGAUGAAUUGCAAUUUAAUACUUCCCAAGGGACGUGCGAGAAGAAAAGAGACUCCACACCUGUGGCUCUUUCUACCGCAUUCUUAUCUCAAAAGCAAGUUGUGCUAGAUGUUCAAAAUACAAAAGCUGUUUUGAGCAAAGUUUGGAUUAAAUUUGCUCUCCCAAAACAUAUUAAUGAAGCUCAUACGAUUGUGGAAUUCAAUUCACAUAGAGAAACAUUAUUCAAUAUCAAAGUGGAUACCGAAGGAACUGUUACCGUGCAACUUCAUGGCCAAGAUUCUGCAUCACGUCAUCUCGAUCUCCUGGAUGAUCGUGUUCAUCUUCUUCAACUCCAGAGACGUACUCCAAUGGGAACAAGACAUUCUGCAAAGAAAUAUGACCUUUAUGUAGGGAUUCUGGUUUUUUGUAAUAUUCUGUAUUUCAUAUUUUUCCAGAUUGAUGGUUAUCAUACUGUGGUCUCUGAUAUUGGAAAACUUGUAUUGAACAAUGUAUCAGUGUCAGCUGCAGAGACAACCGACGAAUGGAGUUCUGUUAUUGUUCAUGGUAAAAAUUAUAACUCAAAACUUCGUAACUUCUUUCUGUUUUCAGAUUUCGGACUCUCUUACGAAUAUGACGAACAAUUUGCGGUUCUUCAUCCUUCCAACCUAAUCCAUCAAGUCGAUAUACACUCACAGCUCUUACAAUACCAAAUUCACGCUCCGGAUCUCUCAAAAACAGGAAUCCUUGAUGAUUCUCUCUGGGAAAAGCCAAUUUUCGGUUCGGAAUCCGAGCAAUCUCCAGUUCUGGAAUCUUCCCCACAUGGAGAAAUCGUUGAUUUCACUGCUGACAUCAUAGAGCCAGAGCAAUUAUGUAAGUCAAUCAACAUAUUAUCUGCUCGUUGGAUUCUCUAUUCUCUCUUCCUAACCGUUUUACUCUGUUUGCUCAUCCUGAUGUGCGUGGUCUGCUACUGGUGCGUCCUACAACCGAGAUCAAUGCGGCGGACGGAUAGUGGAUCACAGAGAACAAUAAUGAGAGAUAGUCCAGACUAUGCUCCUGUAAAAAUGCGUAGAGACAGUAUAAGUGGAGUUUCAGUCGAUGACGAUGGAUCGAUUGGAACAGAUGAUACUGAUCUACAGGCUUACAGAGAUAUUCCUUCACAUAGAGUCAAGAUAUACAGGGAAUCGAUGGUCUCAAUUCUGGUUCCUUCGAUUGAUCAGCCAGCCGAAGCAGCAAUUGUAAAGAGAACAAAUUCAACGAUAUCGGACCAAACGGCUCCAAGACAUCAGGAUUCACAUGCUCCACUGGUUACCGUCAAUGACGACUGA